GUGUCUAGUUUGAGAAACAGACGCCUCAAAAGUCCUCAACUGGCAGCUUCAUUAAAUAGUACCCACAAAACACCAGUCUCAACGUCAACAGUGAAGAGGCGACUCCGGGAUGCUGGCAUUCUAGGUGCACUAUCCUUCCGACCCUAUGCAGCCAGGUCCCAUAUACUUUUUAACUCCUUGCAAGUCUGGCUUGUUUGGUGUCUGCUGUGAAGGAAUACCACAAGUCAACUACUUGAUUGAUGAAGGCAUGUCAUCCAGCAAAGGCAGGAGCGCAUUCCUCAACUACAUGCACCAUUUCUUCACUAACUACGGAGUUGGGGAAACGUGUGGACAUGAGUUGUGAUAACUGCAGUGGCCAAAGCAAGAACACGUUUGUGCUCUGGUAUUGUGCCUGGUGGACCAUGCACAAGCUCCACCACAGUCUGGACCUUCACUUCCUGAUCACAGGCCACACCAAGUUUGCCCCCGACUGGUGCUUCGACCUCAUCAAGCCUCGUUUCAGAAAGCCCAGAGUGAACACUUUGUCUGAGAUUUCCCGGGUUUGUGAAGGACAGCACUGUGACAGGGGUCAACAUCCCACAGCUGGUUGGAUUGGAGGAUGGUACGGUGCUGGUGGAAGCUAUGGCUGGCAACAACACCUGACUCUGUACUUCAGGCCGCUGCCACAGGUCAAGCAGUACCAGCACUUCAGAGCUUCAAUGCUCUGGAACCUGUUGUUGUUGUCUCCAAGGAGCGUUCGGCUGCGCAACACUGACAUCCUUCCUCCCAUAGAUGGUCUGCCUGUACAAGCACCACCUGUACUGGGCACAGUUAGACAAACGUAUCUUUUUGAGAAGAUCAGGGAAGUUUGCGACGAAGAGGCUAUGGACAUCACAUGCCCUGCACCAAAGUCAAGGGCAGGACAGAAACAGGCUCUCCAAAUAUAGAUUCCCUUGCCCUGUGUCUGCUUUUAUCCUUCGUAAAAACACCAUUUCAAAUUUUGCUACAUAAGACCGAAUCAAGGCGAUCAGUCACAUAUUUAGGGACAUACAGUAUGUUUCUGUUUGGUACCUGGACUAAUACGUACCUAGCCUUUGUUUUCCCAGUCCUCUCUACAACACCUGGCAUACGUAAUAAUGUGCUUCAGUGACUCCAGAAUAGGCUCGGAAACAUUAUAAUAUUGUUAUUAUUAUUAUUCUCUCUCGAUUUAUUAAAAAUGAUACAAAAUGUCUCAAGAAAUGUUAGGAUGUGGUGAACCUUGAAGGAAAGCAAUUUGUCUCAUGUUCCCUUUAAUAUUCACUCCCAUCCUUCUCCUCUGGAAUCCAGACCCUUAACUGUUUUCCCAAAGCUCCGUAAUUAAGAUCGACUUCAUAAUUGUUAAUGGAUCCGUUUCAGACCGCGAUUUCCCUCGUAAUAGACUAUAAGAAACAACCACUGACUGACAGAUAGUGCUGUCUUGGUGAGUGUUCUGUUUCACAAUAUUUAGACUCUGAGCUUUGGAGAGUUGUUAUAAACCUACAGCUUUUAGUUUUAGUUCUGUUUCCAGUCUUUCCACCAGCCAGACAGCAUGUUGGUUUGACAUGCGUGCAACAGGGAGUGUUUUCUAUUUUCUUGUUUAUCGGGAUGCCGAACCUAUCCUCCAGAGAUUUGAGAUUUAAUAUGAGGAAAUUUCACUUUGUAGUUUUAAUUAGUACAUUUUUCGCUUUUGAGUUCAGUCGUAGGAAAAACUGGUUGUAAGCUCUCUUUUCCUCAAACAUGAUCUUGUUUCCAGUCCGAUAAUGAAUCAACAAAUCCCAAUGCACUAAUGGAAUUCGAUGACUAUUGCGUAGAGAAAGUUGGACACACAAUGACUGUCAUUGUAAAGGUACCUGGGCUGUGGGAAGCUGGUCCACACAUUGAAGUGAGACAUUAAAAUUGGAUCACUGAUAAAGAAGUAAUGUGACGGCUAAACGUCAGUACCUGUAUACAUCAAUCAUAGAAUAAAGUCUGAGUUAAGAAGUUA